AUGGCACCCGCCAAGCGUGCAUCGAGCACGACAGACCCGAAGCCGCGCAAAGUCAAGAAGCCCCGGACGCGCAAGGGCAAGCAGCGCGACGACGACGCUGCCGAUGAACCACAGGCACUCGGGUCGACCUCGCUCCUCGCGCGGCAUGCCAAGGCGCACGAGAAGGACGAGACAGAGCUCCAGCUGGAGGAGGCCGUCUUUGGCAAGCGGAGCGGGCAGCAGGAGGCGGACUUGUACGGGCUCGCCGAGGAGGACUUGCAGGGGAGCAGACGGGACGGGGACUUCAUUGACGAGGUGGACUAUGAAGACGAGGAGGACGAGGAGACUGGUCUUGAGCGGCUGAGGGACGAGAACCUCUUCUUCGUUGACGUCCCGCCUACUGCUUCUACUUCCGCCGCCGACCCUGCACAAGUCCCACUGCCCUCUUCACCCUCCGGCUCCUUCGCCAAGUUCGACUCGGAGGAUGAGGGCGCCAGCGAGGAGGACUCGGAGGAGGAGGACCAUCAAGUCUCUGCGCCCAAACCUGCUAUGCGGACGCGCAACUUGCGACAAGCAGCAUGGUUCGACCCGGCGGACGAGGAGCUGCAAAUCAGCUUGCAGGGGGAGAAGCGGUUGCGGAAGUUGCGGGAUGCGGCGGCGGAGGAUGUUGUGAGCGGGCUCGAGUACGAGAGCAGGCUUCGGAGACAAUUUGAGAAGCUCCACCCUCCGCCUCAAUGGGCCGUCGAGGCGCGACGGAAAGUGCUUCGUCGGCGGGCUGCGCAGGCGCAACACGGCGGCAAUGCGGCUCUCUUGUUGGACUCGGACGUCUCGGACGCGUCGGAUGAGGAGGGCGACAGCGCGGACGAGAAGGACGAGGCGGACGAUCUGUUCAGGAAGGCGACUGUCGGCGGGAAGGGUGGGAAGAAGGUCAAGGGCGGACGGCUUGAGCCUGGGGAGAUUGAUAUCGAGCGAGUGCGGGACGCGAACCAGCACGAGCAGAAAUCGGGCGCCGUCGUCGAGGUUGGCUUCCAUCCUCGCGCGCAGGUCCUCUUCUCCGCCACAUCCGAUCGCCGCCUUCGACUCUUCCAAAUCGACGGCACCGACAACCCCCUCCUUCAGACUCUCCACCUCCCCGAACUUCCCAUCUUGAACGCCGCCUUCCACCCCUCCGGCUCGUCCAUCCUCCUCACCGGCUCCCGACCCUUUUUCCUCUCGUACGACCUCCAGACCGGUCAGACUCUGCGCUCGCCUCGCGGCCUGCUCAACGCCGGUCUCGGCGGGUCGGACAAGGCAUCGACUGGCGGGUCGGGCGGCAUGGAGCGUUUCCGCUUCUCGCCUGGCGCAGGAGACGUCCUUGCAGUCGGGGGACGACGAGGCUACGUCCACCUCGUCGACUGGAGCAGCAGCGGUGUCAGUCGAGGCGGACAGGUUAUUGGCGAGGUCAAAAUGAACGUCUCCGUCAAAGGUAUCGCCUGGCAGCGUGACGGGAGGGAGCUGCUCACGCUCGGCGAGGACAGCGAGGUGUAUGUCUGGGAUGUUGGGACGCGCAAGUGUGUUGACCGGUGGCGGGACGAGGGCGGGUUUGGCUCGGUCGCGCUCGAGACGAGCAGGGACGGCGCAUGGACUGCCGUCGGCUCGACGACUGGCAUCGUCAACCUGUACGACGCUUCUUCUCGCGGCACGUAUGCCCAGGGCGCUGAGCGCAAGGCGAAGAAGGCGGUUGAGAACCUCGUCAGCACGGUCUCAACGAUGCGCUUCAACCACGAUGCACAGCUCGUCGCGCUCGCGAGUAAGACGAACAAGGACCAGCUCAAACUCGUCCAUCUCCCGACGUGCUCAGUCUACCAGAACUGGCCGACUCAGCAGACUCCGCUCCACCACGUCACCUGCGUCGACUUCUCCAAGGGCAGCGAGUGGCUCGCGGUCGGAAACCAGCGCGGCAAGGUCCUGUUGUACGAGGUCAAGCAGUUUGCGCGCGGGAGCAAGGGACGGGUGCGCCGGUAG